GGCGUAGCUCCUCGGAGUAUCGACAAGUGCAGAACAAGGAACAGACUCCGAUUCAUUUAAGGAGGCGGAGGGUUGCGCACACAAGUUUACCGCAGUGGAGUUGAAGUUACCCUUCAUCCCCCAAAACGAAAACAAAUCUCUUCUUUUAAAGAGGAGACUUCAGCGAGGGAGCAGGAAUCCAAAACAAGUUCUAUCCCAGUCAGAAGUGGUGUGUGUGUUACCUCCCAGUGGUCUGUGGUCCUCUCCCAGUGCUGAAAAAUGAGUCUGAGCACAAGUGAUCUGGAGGACUUUUGGGAGUCGUUGGGGGAGUUCAACUUCUCAGAAGCCUUUAGCAACAUAACCAGUGUGGAUGCAAUGGUGUGUGCCACGGCUUUUAACCGCAACGCUCUGCUCUACUCAAUGUGUGUCCUCUACACUUUUAUCUUCAUUGUCGGUCUUGCUGCUAACGCUCUGGUCCUCUGGGUAAACAUCCGUGCACAAAGAGACUCCACCCCUCGCCAUGAGACACACAUGUACAUCGCCCAUCUGGCAGUCGCAGACCUAUGUGUGUGCGCCACCCUGCCUGUGUGGGUGAGCUCGCUGGCCCAGCAUGGCCACUGGCCCUUCGGUGAGGUGGCGUGUAAACUCACACACCUUCUGUUCUCCGUCAACCUCUUCGGCAGCAUCUUCUUCCUGGCCUGCAUGAGCGUCGACCGCUACCUAAGCGUGUCGCAGCACGGAGACAACGAGGGAGGGGCGCGCAGGAAGCUAAUCCGUCGUGGCGCUUGUGUAGGGGUGUGGCUUCUGGCUCUGGUCGCCUCCCUGCCAGACACCUACUUCCUGCGUACUGUGAAGUCAGCACAUGGGGACACCAUGCUGUGCAGGCCUGUGUACCCGGGUGAAAACCCCAGGGAGUGGAUGGUGGGCGUGCAGCUGAGCUUCAUCCUGCUGGGCUUUGUUCUCCCCUUCCCUGUCAUUGCAGUGUUCUACGCCCUGCUAGCCAGAGCUUUUACCCACUCCUCUUCCUCUUCACCCUCUUCCACAGUGGAGCAGGAGCGUCGUGUGAGCCGCAGGGUGAUCCUGGCAUACAUCGUGGUGUUUCUGGGCUGCUGGGGGCCCUACCACGGUGUCCUCUUGAUUGAUGCCCUGUCUCAGCUGGGCCUGGUGCGUCUGACCUGUGGCCUGGAGAAUGUGAUCUACGUGGCCUUACACCUCACCCAGUGCCUGUCUUUGCUCCACUGCUGUUUUAACCCCAUCCUCUACAACUUCAUCAACAGAAACUACCGCUAUGACCUCAUGAAGGCCUUCAUCUUUAAAUACUCCACGAGGACAGGCUUGGCACGCCUCAUAGAUGCUUCCAACAUGUCUGAGACUGAGUACUCUGCUGUAGCUGUAGACAACCCACCACAGAUCUGAAAUGUACAAAACUCAAAUAGCAUUUCUUGAACACUGUUUCUAAAUCUACAUGACUAUAAUGCAAUAUAAACAUAUGUUUUAUAUCUUAUCAGAAUUUGUCCACACUCAGCAUUCUUUGUACAGAAAUCUGCUUGAGUCAUGUAGAAAAGAUUGAAGACAGGCUAAUAUCAACGACCAAUUUUAAAGCACUUAGAAAGCAGUUGUAUUAUAACAGUGAAAUGAUAUGGAUAUUGUCACUCAUUUGUAAAGCCAAAUCAGUGGCUAUGUGUAAAAUCAUUGCGUGUAUGUGUUUGUGUGUGUGUGUGUGUGUGUGUGUUUGUGUGUGUGUGUGUGUGUGUGUGUGUGUGUGUGUGUGUGUGUGUGUGUUAGUGUGUAUGGUGUGCAUAAUCUGACAGACUUUGGAUAUCGAUAGUAUCAGCAAAGUAAUAUUGUUAAUCUUUUUUUUAUUAUCAAGUUGUAUUUAUAUACUGUACAUUUGAACUGUUUUGCCUCUUUCAUGUUGUAAUUCAAAGUCUUCACACACUGACGUUGCUCAGUGCUCCACUUCAUACAAUGCUGCUUUAUCAUUUUAGUCGAGCCACUGACGGGCUCAGUGUUUUAGUCCUGCUGUCUCAUUGUUAAUCAUAACCUCAUGUCACAUCAGUUGAAUCCUACAGACAAAUAAUUUAAAUCAAUUUUGAGUCUGUCCCGCAACUCAGAUUUGUUAAUGAACUAAAAAAAAGUGUGUUUUCUGUGUUGCAUAGUUUGAGGAAUUUUUUUUGGACAAUUUGCUAAGAGUUAGAUACCACUCUCAUGUCUUUACACUAAAUAUGAAGCUACAGCCAGCUGUUGAUAAGCUCAGUGUGUGUGGUUCUGUCCGAAAGCAAACAAAAAACUAUGUUUACCAGCACCUCCAAAGCACACUUAAUACCACGUUAAAUUUGUUUGUUUACAAAAAACAUCUUUUUGGGAGGAGAAUUAUGUGCUGCAUUAUAUCUUGGCUGGACACAUUAUCAGUUUUUGCACCAAGCUAAGCUAAGAUAAUCACAUGCUGGCUUUAGCUUCAUAUUUAGCGUACAGUCAUGAGAGUGGCACUGUAUUGACCUCCUCAUCUACUGUAGCUCUUUACAAGAAAGAAAAUAAGCGUAUUUUCCAAAAUUCAAACUGUUCCUUUGAAGAAAGCCAAGGUGUUCCAAAUAUUUCCAAGCAUUGUCUGGAGGCUUCAACUGGGACUACUGAGCUUAUAGAGCAGAUAGAUGUAGCUCCUGUGUAUUCUGAAACGUACAGUAUUACGUAAUAUACUGUCACUAUAUUUAAAAGAAAUUUUUAUGACCAAAUAACAUGAAUAAAAAGCUUCACUACUUCCACAUAAGCAGCAGCUGUGGUGUGUAACAAUUGUUGUAAAAGGGACCAAAUAACAAAGAGAAAACCAUCACGGCAUUACUUUAGAGAUUUGUGUACACACACACAAAUCUCUAAAGUAAUGUAAAGUGUGUCUGUGUGUGUGUGUGUGGUGUGUGCCACAGCUUGACAAGAGAGAGAAAUUACGUUUUAUGUGUCAUAAACAUUGAGUUAUACAGUUUACUCACGGUCCCUGUUGUAGGAAGCAACAUAUUCUUUUAAUAUGCUGACAUAGAGCACAUUGUGUCAUGUGAUUGGUUACACAUGUAUGCUUUUACACUGAAAAGAUUUCAUGUUGCGAUCAGAAAAGACCGGAGAAACGAACAUGUGUCUACAAGAACAGAGGCAUUCCUUUCUUAUAGUAAUGUGUAACAUGUGUUUUGUUAUAUUAAAUACAGAAAAAAUG